AUGCCGCUAUUGCUCACCGCCGCUGUGUUUGUCCUCCCGCUUGCGUGCGCAUCCACCAGCGCUGCACCCAAUACUCCAGCCACGGCACCGAGAUUCUACGACAAUAUCCGUGUUACUGCAGCUGAACUAGUGAAAAGCAUCGAUGCGCCGUGUCCGACAGGAGAAUUCGUGAUCCCCCGACUUGGUCGCUGGCCAUCCUCUGGGCUCCGCUCACUCAGUGCAUCGCAGUCUUUCGAACCGACGUCCUCCUCUAAGCUCCGCUCCCUCGACACAUCGCAGCACUAUAAACCGACACUCCCGCUUGCAUCUGCAUCAAAAUCGACCCCUCCCACACUUAUCUACGAUUCGACUACAACGCAACCCGCCGAGCCAACCGCGUCGAAAACACCGACUGGCGAUCCAGACAACAAACUUGGCGAGCACGAGCAGGCGGGCGCGAUACUAGGGCUGUGGAUACCAGUGGCAAUAUCUGUAGCUGUGUUUCUGGGCUGGCUGUGCUGGGAAGUGUGGAGGGACAGGGAGGAAAUGACUUGGCUAGAGCAGCAUUUGGACAGCGAGUCACUGUUAGACCAUGGAAGACCCAGGCAGGAAGAUAUCGAGGCAGGGGAUGUGACACGGAGAUGA